UCUUUCCUUCUUCCCAAUCCACCGCCCUUUAUUAACAGUCUGCAAAAAGGUACCUUUUUAAUUUUUUUUUAUAAUAUAUAUCUAUAUCUUAUAUGUAUAUAUGUGUGUAUAUAUAUGUAUGUAUGCAUGUAUAUUGAAUUUUAUAGAUUAAUCAAGAACUGAUUAUGCUGUUGAUUUUGGUAUUUUUCUGUUGUGGGGUUUACUUAUAUGAUUAAUUUGUUGAGUUUUGGGUUGUGGGUGUUUGAAUUUUGGUGUUUUGUGGUAAUUUUUGGAUACACAUAUGGUAUUUUCUUGAUUUUUUUAACUGAUUAUGAUGUUUAUAUUGGUAUUGUAGUGUUAUGGGGUUUACUUGUUCUGGCAAUUUGGGAAUUCAAGAUACAUAUUUAAUACUUUUAUUAGGGUCUGCUAGUUACUCUUUGCUGUCCCUUUAUUAACAGUCUGCAAAAAGGUGCUUUCUCUUUGAAUUUUUUAGAUUAAUCAAGAACUGAUUAUACUGUUGAUUUUGGUAUUUUUCUGGUGUGGGGUUUACUUUAUAUGAUUAAUUUGUUGAGUAUUAGGUUGUGGGUAUUUGAAUUCUUGAUGUUUUGUGGUUAUUUUUGCAUACACAUAUGGCAUUUUCUUGAAUGUUUUUAACUGAUUAUGCUGUAUUUUACUUAUUCUGUCAAUUUGGCAAUUCAAGAUUCAUAUUUAAUGCUUUUAUUAGGGUCUCCUAGUUACCCUUUGCUGUCCCUUUAUUAACAGUCUGCAAAAAGGUGCUUUCUUGAAAUUCUUAGAUUAAUCAAGAACUGAUUUUGAUGUUGAGUUUGGUAUUUUUCUGUUGUGGGGUUUACUUUAUAUGAUUAAUUUGUUGAGUAUUGGGUUGUGGGUAUUUGAAUUCUUGAUGCUUUGUGGUGAUUUUUGGAUACCCAUAUGGCAUUUUCUUGAAUGUUUUUACCUGAUUAUGGUGUUGAUAUGGGUAUUGUAGUGUUGUGGGGUUUACUUGUUCUGGCAAUUUGGCAAUUCAAGAUUCAUAUUUAAUGCUUUUAUUAUGGUCUCCUAGUUACUCUUUGCAGUCCCUUUAUUAACACUUUGUAAAAAGGUGCUUUCCUUUUUUGAAAUUUUUGAAAUUUUUAGAUUAAUCAAGAACUGAUUUUGCUGUUGAUUUUGGUAUUUUUCUGUUGUGGGGUUUACUUUAUAUGAUUAAUUUGUUGAGUAUUGGGUUGUGGUGUUUGGGUUUUUGACUUUUUGUGGUAUUUUUUGGAUGGGAUAGUUAUUCUCAGGAUAACUAGUUUACCAGCCAAACGGCCCCUUAAAGUUCUAGAUUAAUCAAGAACUGAUUAUGCUGUUGAUAUUGGUAUUAUUCUUUUAUGGGGUUUACUUUUUCUGACGCCCAUAUGUCUUUCUUAAUUUUUGGAGAAUUAACCUAAAUAGCCGUCCACGCAACUGGUUAAACUAAAAGUAUCUGACGGAUGUAUCAUGUAUGUAUAAUAUGUAGAUGAUUUCAUAUUUAAUGCAUUUAUUAGUGUCUCCUAGUUACUCUUUGCAGUCCCUUUAUUAAUAGUCUGCAAAAAGGUGCUUUCUUUUUUUGAAAUUUUUAGAUUAAUCAAGAACUGAUUAUGCUGUUGAUUUUGGUAUUUUUCUGUUGUGGGGUUUACUUUAUCUGGAAAUUUGUUGUGUAUUGUGUUCUGGGUAUUAGAGCUUUUUGACUUUUCGUGGUUUGUUUUUCUUAAUUUUUUUUUUUUGAAUAUUUUAGGUGACUUAUGAACUGAUUAUACUGUUUUUAUUGAUAAUUAACUGAUUGCGCUGUUGAUAUUGGUAGUUUUCUGUUAUGGGGUUUACUUUAUCUGAGAAUUUGUCGAGUGUUGUGAUCUGGGUAUUUGAGUUUACUAUGUUGUUUCCUUACCUCAAUUAUUGUAUGGUUUUGUUGUAGUUUCUUUUCUGUUACUAUCUGCUAUUUUGUAAUUGUUUGUUGUUUGUUUCUUCCGUUACUUGUUUUUUUGAAUUGUUUUUCUUGAGCUGAGGGUCUAUUGAAAACUACCUCUCUACCUCUGAGGUUGGGGUUAAGGUCUGCGUACACUCAUCCCUCCCAAGGCAACACCCGGACGCCACUUUGUGGGACUACACUGAGUUUGUUGUUAUGUAGCAAGAAAUACGUCUGUUGUGGAUCCAUCUUGUCCAUACACUCUUGGCGGACCGUGGUUUGUAGCUUACGUUAGCUGCUUUGUUGAACGAAGCAAUUUCAAGAUCAUCUGACCGUCAAACAUGGUUGGCAGCCCUUUAGGUCGGAAAUGUAGCAAGAAGGACGCCCAAAUUUUAAAGGAGAAUUCAUCACAUGCUUUAAGCAUAAAAGUUUUGCGUGGAAAACGAACUGAAAGUACACCUAAGUCGAGGAGUACCGAGACAAGGAAUAGAAGUUCAUUUUCCUCUCUGACAAUUAGUUCUUCUGGAAAAAUUAAUACAGAAACGCAAAAAGGUCAUGCAGUCCAAGUCCAGCAAACCACGCCAAGGUUAAAAAAAGAUUCGGCAUCAGAAGCAAUCAAGACAAGCCCACCGAAAGAUACAAAGAAGAUUAAGAAUUCAGCUCCACCGCAGGUCUUAAAGGAAAUAAUAACGCCAAUUGAGACGUGUAUCCAUCCAUCACAACCAACAGCUCCACAUACAAAGAGCUCUGAACUUCAGAAGACGUCAUCUAAGCUUUCUCAUCAAAAGAUGCAGAGCAAGGCUUCCCUCCUUCAAUCCAGAAUUCUAGAGUCUCCAACUUCACAGCCUUCGCAGAAAAGGAUCCGCAACCAGAAUUCUCUAAGUCAGUCUGAGCCAUCUAAACAGUAUGUUAGAAGGUCUGGAACCCAGAAAACAUCAGUUGCUCCACAGGCUUUGUCAGGAAAGACAAGGAUUCCGACCCCCAUUAGGCAGUCUAAAUCAUCCACAAGUACCAAGGAGCCUUCAAGAAGUAGAGAGAGAUGCGUAGAACAUGAAGAGCCCAUCCAUCAUAUUGUUUGGGAAGGUCCAGAUGAAACAUUUCAUUCCUCCUCCGGAAUCACUUGCCCGCUAUGCGAAAAUGAUCUGUACGACAUGCCUGAUGACUAUGCAGAUGAAUUUGAAGACGAAUAUUAUGAUGAUUUUGUACCGUUAGUUCUCCCAAAUGUUGCUGUUUUGUCAUGCGGUCAUUCUUUUCACGCGGUAUGCUUGGAUGGCAUUACCCCAGAAGAGAACUCCAGUGAUCCUCCAUGCUUUUUUUUGUCUAAGUUGCAUGUCUUGACCCUCAAUCAAUCUGUUGAGGGCAUUCUUGAAGCAGCUUGAGGUAAUUUUACCAAAUGUACAGAUCCCUUAUAGUGCAACUUCAACUGCCCAUUUAGUUCAAUUUUUUUUUUUUCAAUUUAGAAUAUAGAAAACUUAUGAGGCUUAGUUUUCAACAUUAUUUUUGAGAUCAUACAUCUUAAUGAAAAUUUUUUGGGACCAUCA